CUUGUCACUAACUUCAUUAGUGUCACUUAUAUAGUAUGAUUUCUGAGAUGACAAAUGCCGUAGGCGAAAGUCGAAAAUUUAAUCAAAAAUUCCAAGAUUAAUUGAUAUAAUCACGAAAAUCUAAGCAGACGAUUUAUGUAGAGGGCUGCUGGCUCUUUAAGACUGUGUAGCAUCCAGAAUUUUUGCCAACAUGUAUGCGGUAGAGAAGAAAUUUGAAAUAGAGAUGAAGUUACGAAAGGAGAUGACAAACAUCCAGGAGUUGAAGGCAGCAGCAAAUCGGAGUUCAUCUCUUGCUGGUGAUGUUUGUAACGUGCUGGGGGCGUGCGAGCAGCGCCUGCAGCAGCUUGAGACAGCUGUGCUGCCUCUGUAUGGAGAUACAGCCAGGCUGCAGCAUAUACAUCAAAAUAUGGAGCGCACAGUCCGUUCCUUAGACCAUGUGAUAAACUACUACAUGGUGAGCCGGGAGCUAGCUGACCUCAUACAGGCCGGACCUCACACAGCCACCACUGAGUCUCUCAAUGUUUAUCUUGAAGCACUGGAUAAAUUAGCAGAUGCACAAGGAUAUUUCAACAAGAAUAAUCCACAGAGUGUUGAAUUAGAAAACAUUAACCAGCUGUAUAAUACUGGAGUUUCGAAGUUAGAGAAUGCUUUUGAAGAGUUGUUGAGCCGUAACACUCGCCCGCUGUCACCCACUACACUCAUGGACAUGAUAGCUUUAGAAGAAGAUUCGAGUGUGGACAGUGUGAGCGUGUCGGGCAGCGGCAGCACGUCGGUGUCGGCGCUGGAGAGCAUGCGCGCGGCGGCGGCGUGGCUGAGCGCGGCCGGCGUGCCGCCCGCCAGCCAGCUGCUGGCCAUCCGCGCGCCCGCCGCGCGCGCCUCGCUCGUGGCCUUCAAGGACUACCUGCGCUCGCGCUCCAUGGCCGCCUCGCCACUCAUGAGAGCCAAAAAUUUACUUCAUCGGUCGGAUAGCACGCAGAGGAGAACAAGUAAACUACAGAAAGUUAUCGAGAAACGUGCAAACAAGAUUAUGAUGAAGGCCUCUCAGACAUUAGAACAGUCCACUGGGCUUGCUAUUGGCCCAAGGAAGUCUAUAUCUGAAGCAUACUCCGAGGAGAGCAGCAGCGAGGCCCUGGACGAGUGGGAGGCGGAGCUGGCGGGCAACGUGGCGGCCGCCGUGUGUCGCCUGGCGCGCCACGAGCAGCGCCACCUGCUGGGGCUGGUGCCGCUGCCGCGGCUGCCGCCGCUGCUGGCCGCCGUGCUCAAGGACUGCUUCGCCAUACUCGCGGCCGACGUCGAGCGCGCGUGCGUGCGGUCGCGGCGCGGCGCGGCGCGCUGCGGCUGGGGCGCGGGCGGCUGGGCGGUGCUGGCGCGCCUGCAGCGCCUGGCGCCGGAGCUGGAGCGCGCGCUGGCGCCCGCGUCGCCCGCGCCCUUCGCCGCGGUGCUGCAGCACUGCCAGCACAGCUGCGUGCGCUCGCUGGACGAGUGGCUGGAGGCCGUGCGCGGCGACAGCGCGGCGGGGCCCGUGGACGGCACCGUGCACCAGCUGGCCGCCGCCGCGCUCGCGCACGUGCACGCGCUCGCCGCGCACAUGCACACCAUCGGCCCAGCAUUGGCUACAGAACCAUCUUAUGCUCGCGCAGCUAGUCAGCUGCUCGGAGUACAAGACAGGAACGCCGCCAUGCUGGCUAUUUACAUGAGAAAAGUACUGGCUCAGCUCAACUUCGCGCUUAGAAACAAAAGCGAGCAAUACCCGGACGCUUUGAAAGCAAUAUUUUUGUUGAACAACACUCAUUAUUUGCUACAAGGUCUGCAGCGCAGCGGCCUCCUAGACAUCCUCAUGUUGGCAGAACCGGAGUGCGAAACAAAUUACCGCGACAUGAUACAGGAACAUAAGAACGCAUACCUACAGAGUUGGAACAAAUUACUGGCACAUACAGUGUUAGACGAGCCGCUGCCAGCAAAAUUACGCGACAAAGACAGGCAAAUACUCAAGGAUAAGUUUGCCUCGUUCAACCGCGAGUGGGAGGAGUGCUCGCGGCUGCAGCGCGGCUACGCGGUGCCGGACGCGGAGCUGCGCGAGGCGCUGAAGCGCGACAACAAGCAGGCGCUGCUGCCGCGCUACAGCGCCUUCUACGACGCCUACGCCGCGCUGCCCUUCUCCAAGAACCCCGACAAGUACGUCAAGUACACGCCGCUGCAGAUCGCAACACAACUUGAUGGCUACUUCGACGAAGCUGCUUAAUGAUGUAAAGGUAUCAACUAGAAUAGGAAUAAAUUGCAAAGACACUAUUUAUUUAAUCACCGAUUUAUAUAUUAAAGGAUUGAAAAACA